AGGAAUGAGUAAUCCUUACUGGAUAUGUCCCUCUCCCUUGCUCUUCUGCCCUCGAGUUGAGUACGGGAAGUCUGUUAGUUCCAUCGCCGCCAUGGACGCUUCCCUGAAACAGAGCCACCAUCACCAUCACCCCCACCACAACCACCAUCACCCUCGGCACAGCCACUGCCACCACCACUGCCACUUUGUCUGUCAACGUGGCCACCGCCACUUCAUCUGUCACCACCGGGCUCACUCCCCUGCUCUUGCUGCCGCUCCUCUGCCCCCUGCUCUUCAACAUCCAGAUGCUGUCGCCGCAGUUAUCCAGCCCCGCGGCCUCAAUUCGGAGACUUUCCAGUCUGGAGAACCACAGCGCGAUGAAUCUCUUGCGACUCAGAUGUCGCAAGAGCAGGAACAUAAUGAGCAGAUUGGGGAGGAUUAUGAUGAUUAUGAUGAAGAACCCGUGUUUGUUCUAACUGAUGAGUGGAAGGAGUUCUUUGCAAAGUCCGAGGCUAAAAGAAAACAAGACAAAAAGCGGGCCAAGAAGAAGGGAAAUCUAUGAUAGGAUGGUAAAGGUACAGGCAUGUUGGAGCCACAAGGCGUGGAUCAUAUUCUGACAUACUCUUCCUAAAAUAGAACAGGAAAAAGAAACUUAUACAGAGAAGUACAACAAGGAAUCUCAAAAUUUCAUAUGAAGAAAGCGUGAUAGGCAAUAGCAGUGCAGCCAAUUCAAAGAUAAUUCUGGAUAAUAUCUAUAGCACAGUAGUUCUAAGUUUCAUCAAGCAUUUCGAUACGAAUCACUGAUAAAGAUACUCAUUGACCAUAGGCUAUUUCAUAUUGAAUCUUACCUGGUG